AAGCUUUUCUUAAUAGGGAGAUGCCAUCUAAACAAGCUGGGACUAUGUCUUCCCUAGAAACAGAUAAUGGUGUUGUGAACCUUUCAAGUGAGUACCAUUCUGUAAUACUAACCUCACUAAUUGACUUUGAGGUCAGUACUGUAGGUUACAGAUCAAGCUUUUUCUGCCCAAUUUAUGGCCCAAGCGCAAAGCACACGGGCCACAAACCUUGGAAGAACAAGCAAGGUUGCUAUAGUUGAAGACAGCCUGAAAGGAAUUGCUUUAAAAAUUAAUUUGAAGAAUUACGGAGAUCGAGGAUGGCAUUAUCCGUCAAGGCCGUAGGCCAAGGCGGGUAACACCCUCUGAGAUCUGCAUAAUUCUUCAUAAAAAUUAUGAUACGAAAGCUGAAUUCAAUAAUUGUUUUAUUAUUCAUUCAAAAUAAUUCCUAGUUUAAAAACAAUUUAAGCCAAAACAUGCUUACCUCCAUCGAUGUUAAGUUCAUGUUCGAUAGUGCAUGGUUAGGGUUGUUCAGCUCCGUAAAUAUUUCUCCAAAUAGCAGAUGUCGCCCUUCAAGUUGUCUUCUAUUAUUAAGCCUAGUUCUUACUCUUGAAACAAGUAAAAUGUCCGCCAUUUUUGUUUUGACAACCAAAUCAACUCAACCUCGUGCCCAGGUCUUCUUGGUUAAUGUUGCAUUAACCUGCAAGAAAGCUGCACUUUUGGUGUUAUCGGUUGAUUAAUCGCAAAAUUCUUCCAAAUUUGAUCAUCAGUGGCUGGUUAUGGUGAAUUAUGCAUGUGCUUUUAGCCAAUAAGAAUCAGGGAGAUAUUUUGAAUGAAUGAUAAUGAACAUUAAUUGUCACAAAUUGCAGUUGAAACAAAUUUUGCAAUUUACAGUCUGUACAGUAAAAUACUGACUAAACAUACAGUCAUUGUAGUGUGAGUACCAGCUGAGAAAGAUAAUCAUAGUAAUCUUUAUUAUUCUAUUGUCUCCUAAUUUUUUGAAGUCAUUCUGCUGCAAGUUCAUUUAAUGGGUUACUCCAGAAAAGAUUCAUGGACCUACAUGUAUGUACUAUAUAAUCUGCUAAAAGGGAGGACCUCUUGUUUCAGAUCGUGGUUUCAAGAAGAUAGAGCGUUUAUCCAAAGGCAUUUCACCUUGUACUCUUCUGUUAAGUAACAAUGAAAUCUCAAAGGUGGAGAAUUUACAAUACUUCGCACAUUUGCAACAGGUACUUGAAUAGAGUUAUGUUUAUAAUUAAAGCUUACCAAUUAGCUGACCAAUUCUUCAAUGACCUGCUCCCAGUUGGCUUGUUAGCUUAAUUGGUAGAGCGCUGCACCGCUAUCGCAGAGGUCAAGGGUUCAAAUCCCGUACAAGCCUGAAUUUUUUUUCAGGCUUUCUUAUUGCAAUGGCAUAAGUUGCGUUUACAACUGUGAUAAUCUCCCUUUAAAGAAUUCUUCACUCUGCAGUUCACAUAUAGGAUUUUCAUAUAUUCAUAAUUUCAUGAUCAGCAUUUUGUUAUAAAGAACAACUGGUGCUUUGGUCAGUUUUUAAAAUGAUUGAUUAACCCAUUCGCUCCUGGAGAUUUUGCCGAAAAACGCGUUUUGAAGCUAGUCGAGUGGUUUUCUGGUCACUGUCGUGCUAUAAAGGGCUAAAACUUACCACAAACCGGUUUACAGGUCGUACACUUGGCGACCUUCUGGUCCAGAUGCAAAACAUCAGCUUGCGAAGUUCGGGCAUACGCAGAAAGCAAAAUUUCGAGAUAGGUUUUGGGUUUAAAAGUGACACAGCAGUCUUGACUUUUACUUUUCGCUUUUUCUUCUCCCUUCUUUUUUCGCUUUUCUUGCCUCAUUUUUUUUUCUCUUGCUGGGCAUUUAGUAGGCUUCAUUUUGGUGGGAAGAGUUUUUAGGAAAGCUUUUAGGAUCUUAGGAUUAGGUGAAAGGAAAGGUAGGUGGGCAAUGGAACAAGAUUUUCAUGGAGAUUUUCAGGUCAAGGUCACGUGGUUUUUUGCUUCUUUCUCCGGUGUCCUUGACUGAAUUUAUGCUCAUUCUGGUAUUGUUUGAAAGAUCUCUUCACUCUACACAAGUUAGCGAAGAAAGUUGUCCUUGACCGUUAAAACUGAUGACGUCACAAAGGGUAGAAAGGACCUGGAUCCGCACGGGCGGUUACGGGCGGUUCAGGGGCGAAUGGGUUAAGUUUAACUUCCAAGCCAAUUACAAUAGGACUGCACAAGUGUCUAAAAUGAUAGGGAUUUAAAUCUGCUUUUUUUGUUAGCUGUCAUUAGCUGGAAACCACAUUGUUGAUAUGAGAGGUAUUAGUGCAGCCCAAGGAUUGCGAGUUCUGGAUCUCAGUAACAAUAGCAUUGUAUGCAUUGAAGGUAUUGUUUUCGUGGAGUGCAAUGAAUGAUUUUCCAGUAAUCGGAGACCCAGUUAUGUGCACAGGAUUCUGGGAUCAGCAGGGGGCAAAUAUUGCAAGUCGCUUAAAAGAAUUGUACAGCUUAAAGUUUUUUUCUCCGUUAAAAGCAAUCCUUUACCUUACACAAGAAAGAGUGCUUAUCGAUAGAAUUUAUUGCAUUAAUCACACAGAAACUUACAAUCUCAGCGCAGCAACAUUAGUCACAUUUGCUUUGCACAAAAUUAUGACAAAAAUGCGUUAUUCUUUCUCCAGUUACUGGAAAAUCAUUCAUUUGUUUGGAGGAAUCAAAAACGGAUUGCGAUCUAAUCUUAAUUCAAGUCCUAACAAAUUAAAGUUGUUCACAAAAUCUGAAAAUUAUUUUCCACGCAUGUCUUCCUGAUGGACUGAUUAAAAUAUUGAACUUCAAAAUGUAGACUGUUUACAUGACUGUGAUGCUUGUUUGUUUUCGUGGCUCCUCUCACAGGACACAAGGGCAAUAUUGUAACCUCCAUUUGCAACUUGCAAGGAAAUACUUAGGCUUUUUUAAAAAAACAUUGGUUUAUAAAGGCAUUUAUAUUUUUUGGAAAUUAUUGCCAAAUUACAUUGUAACAAGUGGUGGUAGCAAGUAAUUUGGUUUGUUUUUGGUUUGAAGGUAUAAGGUCACUGAGAUAUCUGGAAUGGCUCAACCUUUCUGGCAACAGCAUUGAGGUAAACUGCAAUUUUAGUGGGCUUUAUUUUUAUUAUAUCAAUUUUAGUUGAUAUUUACUUUUUCCUUACUUUGUUUUGCAGGAAAUUGAAAACCUUGAUGAGAAUACUAACUUGACUCAUCUGGAUUUGUCAGACAAUAGGUAAUUAUAUUAUCUAAGAUGGGAAUGGCAUCCUUCUUUUUAUGAUAUGGUACUUACUAUAGCUUGUUGUGUCAUGGUGUACAAUGGAGGUAAAAAGAACUUGGGACACUGUGAAAACCCCUUACAAGUCAUUAUUACAAUAGAUUAAUGACAGUUUUUUUAUUGCCCUUGGUUUCAUCCCUAAAUCAUCUCCUGCUGCAAUAAAGGACUCAUUUCUACCCAUUUUGCUCAAAAAUCGACAUUGUUUGAGGUUAGAGGGAGCUUACGGUAAAAUAUUUAAUUCAAAGGGGACAGACAGCAGAUUGUUGCUGCUUGAAAUAUUUAUAUGUCGUAACUGUUCAUCAGUAGCAUGCCUAAAAUGUGUGCAAUUCCACAAUUGGUUUUGGCUCUUUUAAAUCCUAUAUAUUAUCUUAUUGUCUUCUUUUAGUAUUGCUGUUAUCUCUGGCUUGAGAAACCUCAUGAAAUUAAAGGUAUGUACAUUUUUCUUUUUCGGAAGGACCUUAGUAUCUUACCAUUGCGUCAAGCUAAGUUUAGUGAAAAUUGUAAAUGGCUGAAAUGGUUCAGGAGGUCCAUGUUUGUGGUGUUAUGACAACAAAAAAGAUUAAGACAUAAAGCCAAGCUCCACAAAAAAGGGCAAACCUGCACUGCUGCAUCUGGUUUGAUUAUCUCAGCAUGCUUCUCCUGACCCCAAAUAAAAUAUUAUCUAUUGUCCUGUCCUUGCAUUACCAACUCCUGUCCCAUUUUUCAUUGCUUCCUCACUUAAGCACCUUUUCAAUUGCAAAAUAUUAAGCAUUUUUGCAAAAUUUUCCCUUUCUUCUCCUCUUUCCGUACAUCUCCCCUAUACUUGCAAGCUCCUAACCACCCCCCCCCCGUCCUACCUCACUGACCCGCCUAGCAACAAGUGUUUCAUUGCAGUCAAGUGAUUUAAUCACAGACCUCUUUGUUGCAAAUUCUUUGAGUUAGCUUUUUUAUGCUUGUUUUUCUCUUAUGUCAACAGAUUCUUUUACUUCAUGGAAAUCUGAUAUCCUCCCUGGCAGUCAUUAAAGAACAUUUACCGAGCACUGUCUGCACCUUGUCACUGGCAGAUAACGAGAUAUCAGACCUUAACGAGGUACAUAUGGGGGUAUUUUAGUUAUUUUACCGGUAGCUUGUGCAAUGACAGAAGACAGUUUUUUCUUCUAAUAAUAAUUAUGCUAAUACAGUUUGUAGGACUCUUUUUUGCUAAUAAAAUGCUAACAACAUCCCUGGGCCAAGUUGUUGGAAAGAAGAUCACAACAACUUUGUAUAGUUCAGUGGCAGAUCCAGUCCUUCAGAUUAGAGGCGGGGAGAAGGGGGGAGCGGUCAUCCAGCCCCUGAGAUAAGGGGGGAGGUGGUCUAAAAAAAUUUGUUUUUGGUAUAAAAAUAUGGGGCGGCCUCCCUUGGACCUGCCACUGUAGUUAACUCGAUUGUUACUGACUGGGAAUGAAAUAACUUGCCACAGAUGUUGAAACAAAAGAAAAAAAUUCCCAAAAUAAGAAUGCUGUUAAAUAUGAAAGAAUGAGAGGGAUAAGGUGAUUAUUUUUUUUUCAAUAAUCAUGUUCAGAUGCCUGCAAGUUCUCAGUGAGUAUUUUGUUCUGGAACACCCCUUUUAGAGCGGUUUUCACUUGACUGUCGUAAAACCAAAACCAAAGUAAAUACACUAGCCAACCAAAGGGCGUAGUAAAACCAAAACCAAAACCAAAACCAAUCCCUUUCGACAGUCAAGUGAAAACCGCUCUAUUUGUCAGUGGAAUGCUGAAUAUGAUGGUAGUUAAGCUACAUGUACAAUGUAUGGAAACCUCUGAUUAUUUAGCAGUUUUUAAUUAUUUUAUUGUAGGUGAUGUACCUGUCGUGUCUAGCCAAUCUGCAGCAGCUUUCACUUGUGAAUAAUCCAUGUGUGCUUCCCAGUAAUGCUUGGAGACUGUAUCUUUUGCACGCUUCAGUCAAUGAAAUAAUAUAUCAAUCAGUCAAUGUAUUCUUGAUUAAUGCUUGUAUGUCAUUCAAAACUCAUUAAUAAUUCAUAAGCCCAUUGACCUAUUAAAUGGUCGAUAAUACAUAACGUGCAGUCACAUUACAAAUGUCAAAUGUAUAUCGAUAAAACCUCCCCUAAUUAGUAUGCGGUGUUUUAUCAGAUAUAAUAGAGAGAUCAGAGACCUUUAGCAUCAGGUUUUUCGUGGGAGACUGCAAACUGCAGUUUGCAGUUAUGCGUUUGCAGUUUCACGAUACCAGGAUUUCUUUAGCAAGGCGCUUUAGUGGCAAAAAAACUUGCCACAAGUUACUUACCGCUGGAAGCCCUUUCUGCCAUGUGAACGUGAACUGCAAAAGUUUUUCAUGAAAAACCUGAUGCUAAAGGUCUCUUUUGGGCAUCGCGUUUACGGCAAACGGCAAACAUGUACCACGUGACGAAAAUUCCCCUUUACUUGUGGUUUACUGUUCAUUAUAACUACACGAAAAUAGGUAGAUUCAUGCCAAUUCUAUCCACAAGAAUUGUUUUAAGCUGCUUUUAUCUGCGUAUUUCUCAUUGUGAAAAUUUCACAACUUAAAUCUCACGUUUGCCGUUUGCCGUAAACGCGAAGCUUGAUAGAGAGACUAAGAGUCACGUUUACAGCAAACCGCAAACGUCAGAUUCAAGUUGAGAAUUUCUCAGAAUUGUGUUUUCACAUGACGUCAUGGCGGCCAUAUUUGUGUCCCAAAACAAUAAAACGGCGGCCAAGUUUGUGUUCCAAACAAGUCCUGUGGGAGUUGAACUCUUUUCUUAUGUAAACGCUUUCUUUUGUUCCAAUAAAUUUACAUAGAUGCUGGCCACGUGAGUGAAAACACAGAAUAGAAAAUAAACAGAUAAAAACUGUCCAGAACAAUUCUUAUGGAUAAAACUGGCGUGAAACUACUUAUUUUUGUGUCCAAGUAAUAAACAGUAAACGACAAUUAAGGGAAAAACUUGGUCAUGUGGAACAAAUUCACGUUUGCAGUUUGGCCUAAACGUGAAUCUUACAAUCUCUCUAAUCUCUCUAAUAUCUCUAAAAUCACUGCCUCUGACUUAUGAAUAUUAAUUAUCAGCAGAGCAACUGACACAACAAAUGGUGGGUGAAAAAAAAUGUUCUUUCAAAAUAACACACGCACUAAAUUAACUAUUGUGCAAAAUAAAACUUUGUUCUUUCACCAAUUUUAUAGACUGUUCACAGUCCUCUAUUUUUUCGUGAGAUGGCGGCCAUCUUGAUUUUCAAAUGUACCGAGGGGGCGGGCGUCGGGGAUUAUAGCUCUAGGGGAAGGGGAGCUGUGCAUGUUGGCCGAUUUUAUUUGCAAAAAUGUCCUUUGAUCCGUGUUAUAAUCACUGUUUCGAAAGGAGAUGUUUGUAAACACGCAAAGUCGAUGCUAAAUGUGUCUGGCAUAUUUUUCAUCGCAAGCGGAGUUUGUUAAUUAAUGAAUAGUAGAGGCGUGAAAUUCCUGUCACGUGCCCUGAACGCGAGUCGCAGUGAUGUUGGUACAGUUUCUCUCUUGCCUCCUCCAAAACCUAGACUACGAGUAGUCCCCCAUUUUUCCUCAGGGAUAGUAGAGCGUGCGAAACGCGAGCGCGCGUGAAAAUCACCCCACGCGACACUCGCCUUUUCUCGCGUGGGGUGAUUUUCACGCGCGCUCGCGUUUCGCACGCUCUACUAUCCCUGAGGAAAAAUGAAGGACUACUCGUAGUCUAUCCAAAACCGUUCCACGCCCCCUAAGUAGAUUUGACACUCAUCUAAGAUGGCCGCCCUCAACGCCAAGUCUUCAAUCUCGAUGGUCUUACCGAAAAAUAGGGGACUAUGAACAGUCUACCAAGGUCUACCAAUUUUGUCAGCCAAAAGUUUAGUGACUCAGCGGUAUUAUUGGCUACAGCAGUGUCCAAGUGUUGCACUCAAGACUUGCCAGUUGUAAAUACGCAAUGCUCGAGUACUGGGUUUUGUUCAUACUCGGAGUAAAAAAGCUGUGAAACUAACCAGUGACGUACAACAAUUAAUACAAAGAAGCCACUGAGAAGUCAUCACAACAGAGCUAAGGAAAAUAAAAGCUAGAAAACAAAGACAGGUUAAAACAAAGAGGAUGACGCGGAUUUUUGUUUACCUACCAUUCGGCCAUUCCAGAAAAUGUUUUUUCAAAGACUACUUUUACACUGUACUUGUUGACUUUGGGGUAUCAUUUUCGAUUAACUUCCUCUCCUUCCGCAUUUUUAGGCGUCCGAAAAACUCUGGAACAAGACGCCAUCUCUUCGGUUAGUGUCAUUCGUUGACUGGAAAAUUUCUAAACACGUGUGAGAGUGUGAUUUUCUUGCAUAAUAAUUUCAUAUUUUUCCCGUAUGCUAAUUUCCAACGUUCACAGAAGCGUCAUUGUUAUCAACUCCAUUGAGACACGCUUUUCCAGAAAUGUUUUUGAAGUCAUUUAAUAAACUCCCAGCACGUGUUUUAUCGGGUUUAAAAUCCCGAGCCGAUACUGCUGCUCCUUUAUCAGGGCCUGUUUACGUGGAGGUGGGGGACCCCAGAUAGGUGAGGUAACACUUUGGCGGGUCACCCCAGCUAACAUGUGAACAUGAUCAUAUUAAAAUGAGAGAUCAUAUGGGUUACCCCACCCAAGCGGGUUAUAUAAUUACCUCACCUACCUGGGGUCCCCCACCUCCAUGUAAACAGGCCCUAAAACAUUACAUAAAAUGAUGAAUUAUAUCAAAAGCUGCAUUAGUGAUGGUAUUCUUAAACUUUGAAAGAUAUUCCUGCCUGACUUCCAGUUUUUAUUGAGUUCCAUAUGUUUGCUGUUUUGCAGAUUCUUUGUCUAGUGUAAUUUUUGAACUUUGGUAGACUUCUGAAUGUAGACUACUUCUUAGGUUGUUGCCUGUGAAUGUGUGAAAUUUAAAAAUCAGGAAUUUAUUCUGUCUCAGGGACAUGGCAGUUCAUAGACUCGUAAAGCAGAGCGAGUGACUGACCGAUUUUUCUUCAUCUUGGGUAGUAUUCCUGCACAGCUGUUAUUUGUGGCAAGACAAAAAACAGCUGCACUGGAGACUAGAUUCUUCGCUAAAGUGUCCAUGUUUCAGACCGUACCAACAAUGAUUACCGUUAAUAGAUACAGUGUAUCCCCGUUAAAACGGUCACCAAUGGGCCAAUGGCCGCAUUAACGAGGGUUUUUUUUUACAAGAAAAUGUAUGACGGUUUUUGCCAGGCGGCCAGGCGGUCUUCAGACCUGGCCUUUAGGCAGAAAUUAUGUUAUCAUUACUUAUUACUUAGAUUAGAGCGCAAACAAAAAAAUUCUUCAAAUCCAUUUAGAAUUGGCAUAUUUCUCUUUCCUUCUUACUCAUUUUGAAUUGACACGAUAAAUACAUUCAUACACUCCCGUAGUUCCCUCGAAAACCAUACCCGUUUCGACACCAAAAUGGGUAAAGUGUAUACCCGUUUUCAGACCAAAAAGGGGCAAAAACCCUACCUGAUGGGGGGGUGGGGGGCACAUACCUAUAUAGCGUAUACGAGGGAGUACCCCUCGGGAUGUAAAAGAACACAAUUUUAAUUUUAUCUUUAACAGUGACUGCUCUAUUAGGACCAAAGUGCUGUUUAAUUAUUCAAAUUUUAGUUCGUUGACUUGUUAGCCUAUUAUAACACCUUGACGCUAUUUUAGAGAAAUCUGCUAUAGACCUUACCUAGUGUAUUGUUGUCCUGACCUAAGGAAUCUGGACGGACAGUUAGUGAGUCAUCAAGAAAGGUCAGCUUAAUAACUUGUUACUAAAGGGCGACUUAAUUAACUCUCCUCAAACCAGUUACAUUGAUUAUAUGUAAAAAAACGAUAUUUAUGUUCUGGUGUGCAGGGAAAAGGAGCAAACACAGGUGAUGAAUUUGUCGGUGAAAUAUUGCGCGAGGAAUACACCAUUAUGAUAUAGGAAGCUGGUUAUGUAAUGUGCUUAUGUAAUGUGUUUUGAGUUUAGUGCCUCAGGUGUCGAGAUGAGAAAAUCGCUCAAUUGAUCUUUCUCAAGGUGAAACAGUAUAGCUUUGAGAGUGUUUUAUACUGCGAAGUGUUCACGUUGUUUCCGAGCAUGUCUCAAUCGUUUCUAGCUAAUAAAUUAUUGUAAGUAUGUGGAAGCCUCCAUUGAUCUGUAAUGCGCGCCAUCAUUUUUCAUCUUUUCUUUUUAGAACACUUGCAAGAUUACUGAACCAAGCAUUUCACCAAAUCAGACAUCCUUCCCUUGGACAACACCUUCAGCUCGUGUCCAUAUUGCACCACAUUUGCAACGAACCCAUUGAUUCUACCAAGGUAAACCAGAUAUUGAAAUGAAGCACGGUUAAACGUUAUGCCCACAUACCAAAGGGAUGGAGCCAAAUAGCCUCAUUACAGAGGUGUCCUUGUUAUAGAAUGUAUCACUUUGCUACAGUGUUUUGGACCAGUAGAUCUGCUCUGUAACAGAGAGGUGUCUGCAACUUAGUAGGUUUUAAAUAGUGAAAAGCAAUCGGAAAAAUAAGGGAAAUAAAAAAGUGAUAAUAAUUAAUUAAUGUGUAAAAAAAUGAAUCACUCAAAAAUUUUGAUUGAAUUCGUGAAAAGAUCAAGCCUAUUAUUUCAGUUAUUAACUUAUUGAAUAUGCUCUUUUGUUGAGCAUUUGGAUUCACAUCAUUUUAUAUCAUUUUGACACCUAAUAUAAAGCCAAUUAAUUCAACAUUUACAAAGAAAAUCUUGUUCUUGGUCAACGAAUGGACUUACAAGACGUAAGCGAACUGACCUAACACGUCAGCGAAACGACUCGUAGGUGAAACGACCGUAAACCAUUACACUUGUGUUAAUUUGAAAUUGACUCGACUACUAUCGGGAAUAAUUUUUAUUUGGAUUUUUUUGUCCUUUAUUGAAAUUUCCCACGGUGACUCAAUACGGUAACAGGGGAUGAAGCAGGAAUAAAGUCCUAAUUGAUAUCAACCCCUUCAUCACCCACUUAUCCCAUGAAAGGGUGUACCACACCACCAGCGUCCACGCCCCCUACCCUUUACGAACAGCAGUGUGGGUUCUUUUACAUGUACAUCCCACAAGAAUCAGAACAGUGAAAGAGCUGUGAGACGGGGCGUAAGGUUUUUCGUCCUUAUCUUAGAAGAAUAGAAUGUCUAACCACUUGUGGAUGUCACAACAAAGGCAGCACAUUCUCCUCAGCUAUUUUAAUACCCCGGCCGGGGUUUGAACCCGGGACCUCCCGCUCGGCAGACCGGCGCUUAUCCAGUAAGCUAACCUGCCGCCAGUCUCACUGACUAAACAAUCAUCUUUUUCAGAUAUCUCCAGUACCAGCAAAUGAUGACCUGGGUAAGUACCGUAACUGUGGAUUCAUUUUUACCGUUAUAAUUAAGGAUCUGCCUUUUCCCGUGAAUCAGAGGUUGAGUAAGUCAGACUGGCCUUGGCUUUUGUUUUAGAUGGCGAAAACCUGUUGGAAUCUGAAAGCUUCUAUAUUCCACUACCACUGUCAGAUUUGGAGCAGUCGCAGCAAACGCAGUCAGGUGGGUUUUCCAGUACAGACGUCAACGAUAUUCCCAGUUGGAAGAUUCAGAUUAGAACACAAACUGUGAAGACAGGGUGGAAAUUUGGUGAAUAACGGAGGGUAUAAAUUGCAGGUUGCAGGUCAGAAUUUGUUAUGUAACCUGCAACCUGCACUUUACACCCUCCGGGUGAACAAAGCUUUUAGAGGGAGAAUUUGUCGUUUCAAAAAAUGGCUUUACCUUUUUGCAAAAAUCUGAGGUAUUGCAAAGGGGAUACCAUCAUUCAAGAUAUAAAGCGCAAUAAUAUUCAUUACCGUCUACAAUACUCAAAUAAAGCUGUUUUGAAUUAACCAGCGAUCAGCGGCUGAUAGUUUAUUAUAAUAAUUUCGCUUGGUAACGCGUUCCAGUCAUUUAAAGUUCUACAAGAAUAACUAUGUUUAUAUGAGAAUUAUUCUAUUACAAUGUUCUGUACUCAUAAUUAUGGUCUUUCUUUUGACCCAAGAUGAUCCAAUUAUGACAGAAGAAGAAGCUGUCCGCCUUUUGAGUCUAGCAGCAACCAUUAUCCAAGCUCAUGUUCGUGGUUAUCUAGUUAGAAAAAAGUUCAACUUCUGUCAGUUUCGACGCCGAAAACAUGCAGCAGCCUGUAUACAAGCAGCUUGGUAAGAAUAUUUUGUACUCCUUGUGCACUUCUGUUAUGGGGUUUGUCUACCUUCAAUACAGCCUUGUUCUCCCUGCCCUUUGCUCAGUACUAGUAUAAAAUGUACACAACACGGGGCUCGAAGAAACUACCGUCCAGUAGUCUGGGACGAGUAGAUUUUAAAGCACACUUGCCCAAUAGGCAGGGUCCAAGCAAUUCAUCCAUUAACCGUUUCACUGCCAGAGUGUUUGAUAGAGUUUUGUAAGGUGACUCUAACUUUUCAGUAUGUGGACGAAUUCCUUCGAUGUGACCAUUCAAAUGAAAGCUCUCUGCCUGAACUCACACUUGGUGCUAUUUGUUUUCCAAAAUGUUACAAAAUGAAAUUUGGAAAUCUGGUCGAAAUUUACCUUUGGCUAGAUUUGGCAGUGAAAGGGUUAACAAAAUCAUGAACUAAGACGAGUAGGAAGUGGCUCCGGGUAAGAAAUUUGUCAGAGCUGCUUGUCCAAAGGACAAGCUUGAAUUGCACAUUUUUUGCAAGUUAUUCAGAACCUUCGUUUUGCGUCGGAACGAUAAUAUUCGCUUGUCCUAGAAACUUCCAGAAGACUAAUUUCAUACCUACUAUACUACUCAUCUGAAAAAAUGCAGAAAAUAGGAAAGUCAUUUAUUAGAACUGUGGAAUAAAGAAUUAAUCGAAAGAAAGCCCGUCGAAUCGAAUUCAGGCUUGUAAGGGAUUGGACUGCUUUACCUCUGUGAUGCCGAUUCAGCCUUCUACCAAUUGAACUAACAAGCCAGCUGGGGACUGGUCAUUAAUUUGGUUCGCUAUAAACACGUGAAAAGAUGGACAUGAAGUAAUGACGACAUGAAAAUCAAACAUUAGAACCUUGGGAUGAAGAAGUAAAAGCUCAGAAGAAUAGUCAUUGCAGCAUUAGACGCGACUAAAUGACCAGCUCUCAGUUGUCUUGUAAGCUCAACUGAUAGAGCCGGCGGACUGCGGAAAGUGCGUUCUACUACUGCGAUGAACUUCUUUACCUUUUAUUUCUCAUCCCAAGGUUCGUUUAUAACAAGCCAACUAAAUGACCAGUCCUCAGCUGGCUCAUUAGCUCAAGUGGUAGAGCGCUGUACCGGAAUUGCAGAAUUCAAGGUUUGAAUUCCCUACCAGCCUGAAUUUUUUCAGGCUUUCUUUGUGCGCCGCAGAAGUUGCGUCUACCAAUGUGAUGAUCGUGUUUACAUUAAAAACUAUUUUUCUUUCUUACUUUGCCUUUUACGCCUUAUUAGGAGGGGUUACUGUGCUCGAACUAAAGACAUCAAAGUUGUGAACAUUCGAAAUGAAUUGCGAGUCCGAAGGCUUAUCUCCGUCAUAAAUAAUCUGUGCAGCAAAAUGGACAGGUACGAAGGUUAAAGAGCUAAUCAUAGGUGUAACUAAAGUUAAUCCGAUAACCAAAUCAACAGCCUUGAUUCCAGGAUCAACAGGCCAUUUGCAGCUAAUCACUCACGUGGCCACGGUACCAAACCGCCAUCCUGGAGAGAAAAGGAUUCAUUGUGAAAACACAAUCAAAGAACUCACGUCAAUUAAAAUUUAGAUUUCCUUUGUUUGUCUUCUCCCGGUGCGUCACUCGCUCUCCAGCAUGGCGGUUUUGUACCACGUGAAUGACCUGCUCCAAAGGGCCGAUUGGACAGUACGCUCUACUUGCGCGCUGCUCAUGAAUCGAUUCUGUUUUCGAUUAAUUGAUAGAGCGGUUUUCACUUGACUGUCGUAAAACCAAAACCAAAGUAAAUACACUAGCCAACCAAAGGGCGUAGUAAAACCAAAACCAAAACCAAAACCAAUUACUUUCGACAGUCAAGUGAAAACCGCUUUAACGGUCAGAACUUCGUGUCGUUGUAAUCAUACUCGUCAUUAAACGAGUCAGACUCCCGCGGUUUUCUUUAGUCACAUGUACAUUGUACCAUUUCAGGCCAAAUUGGACUCCACUCAGUCCUGUUACCAUUAUGAAACUAUUGUGCUUUUGAGAGUAUGGCUAAGACCACUUGUUCUGUCGCCUUGAUUUUUGGACACGAUUGUGACAAUUGAGACCAUUAAGCCUGCAAAGGCGAUCUCUUCCAUCGCCCUGAUCGUUCCUUAUUGCGUCAUAAUCUUAACGCAGGCUCUAUAAUUAUAGACAUCAUUUCUUUCCAGGCGACUACGAGUCCAUCGUCCGGGUCGUCCAUCAUUGCCCUCCUAUUCAUUCGUCAGUAUUUUGUAUUAAAAUAAGUGGACUUAGUUGUUAACGUUUCACUAAGGACACUUCCUAAAAUAUAGGAAUAUGCUCCAGAAGUGAAGAGCAUUUUCUUUUUUGUAGACAACACGAGGAAGCCAUCAAAAGCAGAGAACAGUUGAAGACAGCCAUUUAUUAUCUUUGGUGUCAGGUAAGUUACUGAAUUAAUAGGCUGAUUUAGCAACAGAACGGGAACAUCUGUCGAUGACUACGCGCGCAAAUCAAACAACUGGCUGGACCAGUGGCAGAGCGGCAAAUUGGGUACCGGAAAUCGAGUUUAGUCCUUUCCGCGCGCUUUCCCGUCGUCAAAUGACGUUCCCGUUCUGUUGCUAAAUCAGCCUAAUCUAAUGGUAGUGUACUCCUGAUGAAAAGAAAUCAUAUUUACAUUGUUAGGACUAAGGCUGUGUUUUCACUAUACCCGAUAGCUUCUCGUGCCGACACAACACGCUAUCCGUUAUAGUCUGAAUAUAGCCAAAGUCUGUGGCGGUAUCAAGAACUCGGUCGGUGUCCUAAAGUCAGUAAGGAGGAAAGUAUUACCUUUGCUUUGCAAACGGAUGGAUCAGGCUUGGAUGACCAUUAAGAUAUGGCGGCCUCGUUUCCAGUAGGAGACGUAAAAACAGCCAGUCUUGCCGAUGAUUUAAUGAAUUAUUUUUCAGUUUUUGCAUCCCACUGCUUCCAUUCUAAUUAGUCUAAGGCCACGUUGGGCCAUCAGAGGGAGCUCGCGCUGAUUCCAAGGUUGGGUGGGGGUCUGCAUAUUUCACGUCGGGGGCCAAUUUAAUCAUUUACGGUGUAAACGUGUCAUUAGUUAACCUGUCUCACCAGCAGUUGGCCAUCAGUUGUACAAUCAAAUUGAAAAUCACCCUGAGAUAAAUACACCAAAUCUCGAAAUGAUAAGCCUUUCAGUGGUUUAUUUUUGUGUAAAAUCGAGAUUGUUUCCUAAAUUAAAUGUUUACUUUGCCACUUUUACAUUCUUCGUAGAUCUCAGAACAGAAAAAAGAUCAAAUGCUUCACCUUCACAAGAAACAAGUUAAGGCAGCAAUCACAAUUCAGUCUUCGUGGUGAGUAUGUACAGACUGUCUUACAGUUGUGGGCUUACUAUCAUAGCCUUUGAGUGAACGUGAGGUUUGAGGUUCAGGUUGACCUUGUUUUGAUAGGAACCUCUUUUCUUUUCUUAUAGAAAUUAUGCUUAAAGGAUACAAGUUAGCAUAACAACAACAUGAUUUACAUAAUAAAGCAGGAAGGAUUGUGUCAAAACAACUCCAGCCUCGUUUCCGUCUGUAACUGUAAAAUGGGCUAUUAAGAGUUGCAUCGGGAUGCUAAAUAUGUACGUUGUGUCAAAUUGCAUUUUGGGACUGUUUUGUUGACGCUAUUUCUUCUUUUAUUGGCUAUCACAAAGUUUCACUGGAGACUGGGUCAAAAUCCUUUGGUCCUUCUCUUCAAACAAUCCCAAAGUGCAAACUGAAUAAAAACCUACUCAGUCCCUCGCGCAACCUCAAUAACGCCUCUGAAGACUGGGUCCAAAACCCGUCGGCCCGUCUCUUCAAACAGUCCCACCCAUAGUGCAAUCUGACACAGAUCACCCCUUUUCGCGUCGUAGUUACGCAGGGACGGCUGAGAAAUUUGCCAAAAAGCAUGAUGCAUGUGCAGAGUUGUUGUUUUGCAAAUUAAACUUGUUACUUUUUCUUCGACGUUCUCGUUACCGUCGCCUUCGUAGUUUCGUACGGCCCCUAUUUUGCUCACUCGCGUAAGCGUCUUGAGGAACUGUUCGCAGUCUCGUUUACUAACGUCUUUGUCGGGGAUGUACAUUGCUUAUAUUGUGUUGGCAUGAGAUUAUUUGACACUAAUUAACUUUUAUUUGUUUUUUGGAAUUUCAGGAGGGGAUUUAUGGCCAGAAAGGUAGUUAACGAAAGCAGUAAUUAAUUCAAAGCAAGAUUACAGUGGAAUCUCCCGUAAGCGACCACCCAAAAUGCAAAGACUGAGUGGUCGCUUAUGGGAGGUGGUCGCAUACAAGAAUCGAACCACAGAAGGUCUCUUCCGAGAAGAGGUCCAGACACAUCUACUUUAUGGAAGAUAAUUUCUUGCAUGCAGUGUCUAAGUUACGCCAUGUGUAGUUCCAUGUUGUCAUUCGAGUUCUUCGCACCAGUUCCCCAUUCGUUAAGAACAUGGCCAAUUCUUUGUUACAUAACGAGAAAGGAAGAAGUGAGUUUUGGCCUUAAAAAAAGAAUAGGAAGUUCUUAUUUUUUUUUCUUUUAUCUUGACACCAAAGAAGAUUAAGAGUCUAUGAAAACACAUCAACUUGUUUGCUUUUUCAUCUUUACAGACUUUCCCCAAUAUUCAUAAGAGGAGGAGUGAUAAAAUGGCUACACUCUUUGCGUUGUGUCACAAGCUACAGACGCAGGUAAUAGAAAGUGUAAAGUUUAAAAAUGGAAACUAGAAAUAACCAAAGAUUACGGAGUGUGGGCGACAACGAUCGAAGGUCAAAACGCUUUUGUUCCAGCUCUGUGCUUUGUGUAAGUUUCACGUGACAGAUGGUCAAAACAUAAGGAGUGAUAGAAGGUUCCGUUUUUUAACGCGCGUGAUCAUUUGCGUUCUGUGCAUUCCAUACAUUGUUAGUGGAAGUGCAAACUAUUGCUGACGUUUAUACAUGCGACGCAUGCGUAAUAACAACGAGGAGUUUAGGAUUGCGGGCUCCUCUUGGCCCACAAUAAAGUAUUGAAGAGGCUAUGUCACGUUCUCUGCUGUCUUUUUAAAAAGCUUGAACUUUUUUCGUGUCAGUUGAAUUUCAAAAAUAAUGGUCGAGUUUAAAUUAUUUAAAACUAUUUAUUAGCACUGAAACUGUUUCCGGUUGUCUGUUACAACGGAUGGCAAUGAUGGAUAUGGAUUGAAACUUAAAAAAAGUCGGGUCAACGUUUUCAAGUCUUAAUGCCAUGCCUCCAAAAAUCACCAACGAAAGUUAUUGUCCGUGUUAACGGGAUUUGACUGUGCCAAAAAAUCGUGACAUUGCUCCUUUAAAGGCGAUAACAUAGAACAAAAGGUACACUCUUAUUUGGUAAGAAGAAACUGUUAACUUGUCCUUCUUGUACCCUGCUCUUGAUAAGAAAUGUAUUUUUCCGAACGUUUUUGUCCAGUUAAAGAUAACAAAAUCUCUGAUAAGCUUAGCUCUCCACGAAUCACUAAAUUGCACUUUAGCAGGCACCUGAAAACUGUCAGUUGUGGGAAAAUACUUUAUAAACAUGCGAUCGGCGGCCCGGACGUGUUUCUGAUGGCUUUUUAGAUGUCAAACACUAUUUGUCAUUCUUUCACAGCUCAAUAUGGUCACAUCACAGAUCAAGGAAAUCACGCAAGGUACUCUUCUUUCUUCUAAGGUUAACUUGAAUGAAUCUCGCGCCUUUUACCCCAUCAAUCAAAGGUUAAGGCAACUUCAUUGGUGACCAUUGAUUGGCUAAAUGAAUGUCGCGCCUUCUACUCGACCAAUCAAAGGUUAAGGCAACUUCACUGGUGACCAUUGAUUGGCUAAAUUAUUGUCGCGCCUUCUACCCGACUAAUCGAAGGUAGAGGCAACUUCAUUGGUGACCAUUGAUUGGCUAAAUGAAUGUCGCACCUUUUACUCGACUAAUCGAAGGUUAAGGCAACUUCAUUGGUGACCAUUGAUUGGCUAAAUGAAUCUUGCGCCUCCUACCCGACCAAUCCAAGGUUGAGGGAACUUCAUCGGUGACCAUUGAUUGGCUAAAUAAAUCUCGCACCUUUUACUCGACCAAACAAAGGUCAAAGGGACGCCAUUCGUGACCUCGCAGGCUUUUUUCCGCGCUUCUCGUUGGCUUCAUUAAGAGAUUUACAUUCAAACCUUUUGUCGUCUGGUUGAUGUGUAAAGGUCGUCCUAACUCACCAUCCAACUUUUGCAACAUCAUGUGCAAACCAUAAAUUCAUUUAUUAUUCAAUUUAAAAUAUUUCUUCUUUUCUGAUUGGCUCAAAUGCCGCGGCUCAUUCUUCAUGACCAGGUAGCGUUGACCAAAUUUGCGAUAAAUGGAAAAUGACGUCGAUAGUACAGCAUAAAUGCCAGAAAAAUGGACGGCAACCGAGAAGCCCGGGGGACCAGGUGGGGCUGUUUUGGUAGAGCAAGGCAAAAUGGCGAAACAUUUAACACAUUUCGCGAAGAAAAAAAGGGCCGAACUUUUGCCUUAAAAGAUAGCAAUAACGACAUGAAUAUAACUUGAAGGCUGACAUCUGGUGUUUGAAGAAUACUUGCUGGACUAAGCAUCCCCCGGGGGAACUCCCCUAUAAAAGUGAUGGGGUUGCUCGUCGUACCUCUUAGGGGUUUAGAUUUGUGGAUUGGAACCGGGUAGGGUAGUAAAACCUAAAAUGACUGCUGCCAGAGCUGCUACGCUUUAUUAGGAUAAAGAUUUAUGACAAUACUUGAGAUGAAAGUGUUCGAAAGUUAUCUUUAUUACUUUGAAAAUUUGCAGUGCCCGUUAUAAAAUUUGUUGUUGCUGACUUGGUACCUCUUAAGGGGUGGAAAUGAAUUUGAGACACGCCCAUAAAACAAGACUCUGGUACCUUUUAGGGGUGUCCUCGAAAUUUUCCGACGAGCAGCCCCGUCACUUUUGUAGGGAGUACCUCCCCGGGAAACAUCCCUGUGUAUCCUGAACUUGUCGGGAAAAAGGCAAAGGGAGACCGGAACGUAACGUUGAUCGACGUAAGCGUGUUUUAGCUUGUUUUAAACUAGGAAUUAUUUUGAAUAAAUAAUAGCGCAAUUAUAGAAUUCAGCUAUCGUAUGAUCUGAAGAAUUGUGCAGAUCUCCGAGGGUAUUAUCUGCCGAAGCCGAAUGGUAUUGCAAAAGAAUAAAAAACUUACCAAAGCAAAGGAAAUGAUAUGAUUAAGGCAAUAUUUGAUUAACAACAAAAAGACAAAGCUUAGUCAUUCGUGUCAGCAAUUUGCUACGUAAGUCAAAGCAAGAUAAGAUAUAUUUCAUCAAUUUGAAUUAAAAGUAGAUAAGAAAAUUACACGAUUUCAAUAAUUUCUUAUUUCUCCGGAUUUUUAAGUCUGUGGACCAAUCCUCUGUUGUGCCCGUUCAAGUGACGGCAACACUUUUGGGUCGUACCGUAAAUCUUCUCUGUUAAAAAUAAACAAAAUUAUAAUUAUUUUUUAAAAUUUCCUACUGUAUUUAGGAAGUGAAGAAGAUAUUAAAAGGCUCAUAAAAAACGUUUGGUCUUUCGCAGGUGAAAAACAGAACAAGGAAACCCAAAUGUUCUCGGAUCGGGGAGAACCGUGGGCAGAUACCAUUGCAACUUUAACUGGCAAAGUGAAUAGUACUGGUAUUUCCACUGGUCCUCGGUUGGUUACAGAAGAAGACUCAGACUCUGAAGACGACGUAUUGGAGAUAUCAUCAACUGAUCAAGUAAACCAAGGAAAUUUUAAUAUCCAAUUGACCAGUCUUCAUGCGAACGACAUGAAGGUGAAAGAACCUUUCUCUUCAAGUCUUGAAUUCGAAGAGGACACUAAAGCAAUGGAGACUUUAUCGCAGUUUGAUGAUGCAGAGGGUCGUGUGAGUGGUGAUGUUGUAUUGCCUUUUGGACCUGUGGUUGCUGAAAUGAGCGAAGUGGCCCCUUCUGUGUCCAACGUGGAAUUUCGCCAAAAUGAAAUGACUCUUCCUUCAUCUAUCCACCAGGAGGGACCUGAUGACUUUGCAGAUGGUGAAAAAGAUGAACCCAAAGUAAAUGUGACUUUGUCCGAGGGGUCUUGUUAUAACACUGAGCACACUGUCCACGUCGAGACACACGAACAGGAAGCUGACAUGGAAGGACACUUGAGUGUUGGUAUUCCAGAGAUAGUUGUUAGCAGUCCUGUUCCAACUGAUGAUGAAAGUAGUAAUGAGGGGUCGGUUAAUGACCUGGGUGAAGACAAUGGACAAAUGGAAUCCAAACAACAGAGUAUGGAGAAGCAAGCGUUUGUCGAAGUUCCGUCUGAAGAUAAUCAAGCGAAAUCGACGACACAGGUGGCGGAGAAUGACAAAUAUGAUAAAUGUACGACCACCGAUCAAACUGACGGCGAGCAAAUGGGUUGGAAAUCUCAAAAUGGGGAUGAGGAAAUUCGCCUGCCAUUCAGAAGUACAGCAAAUGUAGUUUCUUUAAAGCAAGCGAGCGGUGGAGAAUAUAGCAUAGAUGUUGCCGGCGAAUCAAAUCGUGACCCAUCCCAGGAAAGUGCGCUGAAUUUGGGCGAAAGAGCCAGCAGCUUAUUAUCGCAGCUGAGGUCUGAAAUUGCCAGUAUGAAAUCCGCCCGCUUGAGUGGCCUCGUGCUUAACAUAGCGUCAGAUGUUGAAACUGAAGUCAUGGAAGAGGAAGUUGUCCAAGAACAGGCUAAAAGUCCUGUAAAACAUGAUAACAUAGCUACAGCCAGUUCAGAAUCACAAGAAACUGACCUCGCGGAGAUAACACCACACGGUCGUCUCUUAUCAGAAGACUGUGAGACGGCUCAGUUUGGGUCACAAGUGUGUGACACAACUCAGACCGCACCACAAGAUGUUGCCUUACCUGGACCAGCAUUUCAAGUUCAGGAGCGUGACAAAUGCCAUCUGGACUCGAAAGGGCGUGACACUGAACAGACACCUUUACAUGGUUAUGACGCAAGUGUACCACCAUCAAAUGAGCGUGACUCAUCGCCACCAGGACCAGUGUCAACAGUGUCAUAUCGACUACCUCUGUUUGAAGACGUGGAUAGCGCAUCCACGUCGCUUUCGUUGGAUGACCUUAUUUCAGACCCCACCAUUGAAGGAACUGUGAACCUUCCUUUUGACACUGCUUGUUAUGAACGGUUGCAAUCUGAAUGACGUAAUCGAUAAGUUGACAGAUGCUUUGUAAGAAAAAAAAAACUAAAGUUCUUUUUGCAACGUACCUACCGAAAAUUGCAGUCAUUUGACUGAAGAGAGGCCAAAAAGCACGUUUCUUACUUCCGAUAA